CGGAGGGCUCCGGUGAGCGUCCCGCGCCGCGGCUGAGACGUAGCGCACCAUGCAGCCCGGCCCCGCAGUGCUGGUGGCCAGCAGGCAAGUCCAGAACGCGCACACGGGCCUGGACCUCUCCGUCCCCACGUACCAGGAGGUCCGGGGGAAGAUGAUGUCCGGCCAUGUCGAGUACCAGAUCAUGGUGGUGACCCGGCUGCCCGCCUUCAAGUCGGCCAAGCACAGAGCGGAGGACGUCGUCCAGUUCAUGGUCUCCAAAAAGUACAGCGAGAUCGAGGAGUUCUACCAGAAGCUGGCGAGCCGCUACCCCCAGGCCGCCCUUCCCCUGCUUCCCAGGAAAAUCUUGUUCGUUGGGGAGUCCGACAUCCGGGAGCGGAGAGCCAUGUUCAAUGACAUCAUGCGUCAGAUUGCCAAGGACGGGGAGCUGGUGGCCAGCCCCGAGCUGCUGGAAUUCUUAGGAACCAAGCCCUCUGGGGGUGUCAAUUUAACUGAGAAGAGUCCCCCAGACCUGGAGAAGGAUGAGACUGAUGGGGAUGCGGGGGACGACGGGUUUGACUUCUUCCAGAAGCCUGAUAAGACAGUGGGUGAGGUUCCCCUGCCUAGCAACCUGAGCCGCCUGGGAGAGGAGGAGGAGGAGGAGGAGGAAGAGGAAGAGGAAGAAGAGGCUCUGGACCCUCUGGGUAUCAUGAGGUCCAAGAAGCCCAAAAAGCCUCGAGCCCCCACCCGGGAGGCCCGGCCCAGGGCAGCCCCACCAGGCUCAAGCCAGGAGAGCAGGCCCAAGCGGACCAUCUUCGACGAAGAGGCCGAAGAGGACGCCGAGCUCUUUGGCCCCCAGCCGUCGGGCCCCGGCCGAGAUGGCCUCCGGCUGUUCGCGGACCCUGACCUCGGGGGAAAGGUUUCCCUCGGAGAUGCCUUGCUCUUGCCGAAGGCCUGCGAGCGCCCCCAGGAGCCCGCGCUGGGACCGGCCUGCGGGGACGUCGGGGAUGACCUCUUUGGAGUGGAAGAGGACUUGGAGAAGAUCUUGAAGCUGGGCUCCCAGCCCAGGCCUGAAGCCCUCCCCAGGGCCAAGCCCCGGGUGCCCGCCAAGCCAACCGUCCCCAAGAAGCCUGUGAUCCCGCCCCCGAGGGCUGGCACCCCACAGCGGGCAGCGGCACCACAGGAGGCCCAGAGGCAGGUGCAGGUCCAGGAUCUGGAUGAGCUGGACAUCCUGAAGUAUAUCCAGGACCAAAGUUCAGCCCCCAGCACUGCCCCCAGCCUCUUCUGAAGGGCCCUGCCCGCUGCCCGCUGCCCGCUGCCCGUGUCCCCAGCGCUGAGUCAGCCCAGGGCAAGAAGCCCCUCUGUAGGGGGCUGCCCGCCGGGAUCCAGAGCCUGCCGCUGCCAGGGGCAGAGGGGAGGCCAGACCAGCGUCUCCUCUCGGCUGCCCCUCCUCCUCCUCCUGCCUCUCUCGAGGACUGGCUGCUCACAGGGGCACAUCUUAGUGCACUUGACAUGGAGAGAUGUCAGAACAACGUGCUGAACUUAGGAAAGAUCUGAAUUCGAAUGCUACCUCUGACCCAGUCACCCCGGGCCAGUCUCUCUGAGCCCUGGUUUCCUCAUCAGAAAAGUGAACAGAGGGUGGCUCGGGAGCACUGUGGAUGGAGAGCCAGGCCUAGAGAUGGGAGGUCCCGGGUUCUAAUCUGGCCUCAGACACUUCCCAGCUGGGUGA